AUAGCCCUGCUGCAAGGCUCGGAAGCUGCUCCACAAUGCUUCGUGUCACCACUUCCUCCCUGUGCACCUACUGCCAGAGGGUGAGGCUCCUCAGCGCCCCCUCUGCCUCGGCCUUCACAGUGGCUUCUCCCAACAAAAGACUGGAAAACCAGCUCACGGUGGACUCCCUCUAUCAGCUCUCUGUGGACAUCCGGAAGGUACGCAAGUUCAAGGGCUGGGUUCUGUCUGAGAGCUCUGCGUAUGUGUCUGAGACGGUUGACCUGCUCAGGGACAUGGGUGCAGACGCCACAGUGAUCACCCGCAUCCUGGAGACUCACCCCGAAGCCGUUCUGUGUCUGCCGGAGGACGUGGCCGCCCAGCGGGACCUUUGGGUGUCGGUAUGCCCCAACAGGCGCGAACUGAUGAGCAUCAUCGAAAAGUUCCCGGCUUCUUUCUUCACCGUGAGCCACCACAACAACCAGCGGGCCAACAUCCUCUACCUGCAGAGCCUCCGCCUCAGCAACAGGAUCAUCGGCAAGCUGAUGGCCAGCGCCCCGCAGAGCUUCAGCCGGCCGGUGGAGCUCAACAAGGAGGUGAUCCACACGCUGAGGGAGACCUACCUGGACCUGGGCGGGGACGAGGGGAACCUGCGCGUCUGGCUGCAGAAGCUCCUGAGCCAGAACCCGUACAUCCUGCUGCGGCCGGCUGAAGCCUGGAGGGACAGUCUGGGCUUCCUGAGGGAGCAGGGCUUCACCACGGAGGAGCUCCUGAACCUGGUCUGCAGCCUCAGAGCCUCCAUCGCAGAGCUGCAGCCAGAGGCCAUGCAGCAGGCGCUGGCGUACCUGGAGGGGGCUCUCACCUGCUCCAAGGACGAACUCAAACAAAUAGUCAUCCGCUCCCCGGCCGUCUUGUACUACUCCCUGCCCACGCUGGUGGGACGCUUCCAAGGACUGAUGGAUGUGGGAGUGAGCAUGGAGCAGGUGAAGGAAUCUCCGAACGUCCUGGAGCUCACAACGCAAAUCGUGCUUUACCGUAUCCAGAAGCUGGCGUCCUACGGGUACGACGUGCGCUCCGGCAGCCUGGACGUUAUCGUGGGGACUAAAAAGGACUUUGAGAUGAGUUACAGUAAGCUGCAGCUCAGGCAGCAGCGCCCGCUCUUCAACCCUGUAGCUCCUCUCAUGUCUGUGUGAAUGGCACACUUUGUUGAUGAGCUGCAUUAUGGCCCCUUUUCCACCAAACCAGCUCUGGUUCUUGAACAUUUGUGCUCAGAAACCAACUCACAAUUCAGUUUUGAGUGUCAUUAACUGAUUUUUUUGUUCUGUUAUUAUUACAGAUAUUUGUUUUUUAUUAAAAAAAACAAGCAUGGA